UACCCUUUUGUUGUAUCUAACUACACCAAACAUCUUAGAUACUUAUCCAACUUAGCAAUAAUUCAAACCCCAAUUCAAUAUUAUAUAUAUAUAUACACUAUAUAGUUGAUUCAAAUUCAAGCAAAGUCUAAACUAUGGGAGGAUGUUUUUCUUCAAGAUCAUGCUCAAAACUGAGCAGUGUCCGUUUGGUUCAUCUAAGUGGAUAUGUUGAAGAUUUUGAGGAACCAAUUUCAGUGAGCCAAGUCAUUGGUAACCCUCCAAAGCAUUUUGUAUGCACUUCAAUUCAGCUUCUUUCAUCUUCCUCAAAGCCAUUGAAGGGUGACACACAGCUCCAACCUGGCCAUGUCUACUUCAUUCUUCCAUACUCAAUUCUCCAAUCUGAGGCUUCCCCUGUUGACUUGGCUUCUCUUGCAAAGAGGCUCAAUUCAAUAGCAAAAACAAGGUGUGAAGAGAAGAAGAAUUAUAAUAAGAAGAACAAGAAGAUGAAAAGUAACACUCUCAAUGGAAAAACUAGUACUACUAAUAGUACUAGUGAAUUUUCGAGCAGCGAUGGCGAAUUUAGUAGUGUUUGGAGUAUGUCUUCGCCUUGUCGGAGCCCUGCAAGAAUUGGUGUGGCUGAGCAAGUUGCUUUGGCCAUGGCAUAUGGAGGGAGGAGUCCUUGUAGAUGGAAACCAAUCUUGGACACUAUCAGAGAGAAGUCAUUUAAUCGGCGAAGCGAAUCGGAGUUAUUGAAUGAAGCUAAAGCUGAUGAUUGAUAAGGCCUUUUGUGUUGGGUUUUGUGGUAUGAUCAAGAUGUGUUUUGUUUGUGAAAUAUUGUUUUAUUUUUUCUGAUCUUUUUGGUGUAUCAGGGGAAUGGACAGAACAGAACCAUCAUAAUAGUCAAGAAAUUUUAUGUGUCUGAUUUUCUCCCAUGAUGUAUCUAUCAGUUGAUAAAGACAUAUUCCAAAUGAAAAGCAUUGAAUUUUUAUCUCAA